GGCAGCGGCCGGGCUCUGUGGCUUCAGGGCUCGGAAGGAGAGAGGGAGGGUGGCAAGAGAGAGUGAGUCGGUGCCGCCGCUUGCCUGAGGAGAGAGGAAGGGUCCCGCUCGCCCUGAGACCUUGACGGGCCGAGAGCGCUUAAGCACCCGGGAACCUCUGAGGCCUCCCGGCCCCCAGGGACCCCGCCCCAGCCGCCCGCCGCCCGGCCCGCGGCCUCUCUUCCCUUUGUGAGCGCCCCCUUCCCAGGGGUGGUGGUGGUGGUGGCGGAGGGCUGAGUGGGGGGCCCGCCCGCGGACGGGCCGCGGCGGGGGCCCGAGAGGGCCUCGGCUGUGUGAGGACCGGAGGCGGCCGAGGCCCGGGCCGGUUCCCCCGAGGCGGCAGCGGCAGCUCCCGGCACUUCCCCGCGCCAUCUUAGCUGAGCCCGAGGGCUUGAGGGCGCUUCCUCGACCCGAGUCGUCCCUUCGCCCCCCCGCCCCCCCUUCCCGCCCCUUGUCGCAGAGCUUGGGCAGGGCGGCUGGCUGGGGCUCCGGGGGUGGGGGGGCGGCGGUCUGUCGCCGGACCCCCUCCUCACUCCGCGGCCUCCAGCCUAGCUGCCACCGGAGCACUACGGGGGGCUGCGCCUGCCUUGGCGGCCGCAGACCUGUCGUCGGAAAGGUAGUAUAUGCCAACGUGGCUUCAUUCAUACAGAUGAACCAAGGAUUGGGAUAGCAGUAUAAAAUUAGAAUCAGACAGCUGACUGCCCAGCAGGAUGCCAUCAACUAACAGAGCUGGCAGUCUAAAGGACCCUGAAAUUGCAGAGCUCUUCUUCAAAGAAGAUCCAGAAAAACUUUUCACAGAUCUCAGAGAAAUUGGCCAUGGAAGCUUUGGAGCAGUGUAUUUUGCAAGAGAUGUGCGCACUAAUGAAGUGGUGGCUAUCAAGAAGAUGUCCUAUAGUGGAAAGCAGUCUACCGAGAAAUGGCAGGAUAUUAUUAAGGAAGUCAAGUUUCUACAAAGAAUAAAACAUCCUAACAGUAUAGAAUACAAAGGCUGCUAUUUACGUGAACACACAGCAUGGCUCGUAAUGGAAUACUGUCUGGGAUCUGCUUCAGAUUUAUUAGAAGUUCACAAAAAGCCAUUACAAGAAGUGGAAAUAGCAGCAAUUACACAUGGUGCUCUCCAGGGAUUAGCCUACUUACAUUCUCAUACUAUGAUCCACAGAGAUAUUAAAGCAGGAAAUAUCCUUCUGACAGAACCAGGCCAGGUGAAACUUGCUGAUUUUGGAUCUGCUUCCAUGGCAUCCCCUGCCAAUUCUUUUGUGGGAACACCAUAUUGGAUGGCUCCAGAAGUAAUUUUAGCCAUGGAUGAAGGACAAUAUGAUGGCAAAGUUGAUGUAUGGUCUCUUGGAAUAACAUGUAUUGAAUUAGCGGAAAGGAAGCCUCCUUUAUUUAAUAUGAAUGCAAUGAGUGCCUUAUAUCACAUAGCCCAAAAUGAAUCCCCUACACUACAGUCUAAUGAAUGGUCUGAUUAUUUUCGCAACUUUGUAGAUUCUUGCCUCCAGAAAAUCCCUCAAGAUCGUCCUACAUCAGAGGAACUUUUAAAGCACAUGUUUGUUCUUCGGGAACGCCCUGAAACAGUGUUAAUAGAUCUUAUUCAAAGGACUAAGGAUGCAGUAAGAGAGCUAGACAAUCUGCAGUAUCGAAAAAUGAAGAAACUCCUUUUUCAAGAGGCACAUAAUGGACCAGCAGUAGAAGCACAGGAAGAAGAAGAGGAGCAAGACCAUGGUGUUGGCCGGACAGGAACAGUGAAUAGUGUCGGAAGUAACCAGUCUAUUCCCAGUAUGUCUAUCAGUGCCAGCAGCCAAAGCAGUAGUGUUAACAGUCUUCCAGAUGCCUCAGAUGACAAGAGUGAGCUAGACAUGAUGGAGGGAGACCAUACAGUGAUGUCUAACAGUUCAGUUAUCCAUUUAAAACCUGAGGAAGAGAAUUAUAGAGAAGAAGGAGAUCUUAGAACAAGGCCAUCAGAUCCUCAGUCUCCACCUCAAGUAUCUCGUCAUAAAUCACACUAUCGUAAUCGAGAACACUUUGCAACUAUACGGACAGCAUCAUUGGUUACAAGACAAAUGCAAGAACAUGAGCAAGAUUCUGAGCUGAGAGAACAGAUGUCUGGCUAUAAGCGAAUGAGGAGGCAACAUCAAAAGCAGCUGAUGACUCUGGAAAAUAAAUUAAAGGCUGAGAUGGAUGAACACCGCCUCAGAUUAGACAAAGAUCUUGAAACUCAGCGUAAUAAUUUUGCUGCAGAAAUGGAGAAACUUAUCAAGAAGCAUCAAGCUUCUAUGGAAAAAGAGGCUAAAGUGAUGGCUAAUGAAGAGAAAAAAUUUCAGCAACAUAUUCAGGCCCAACAGAAGAAAGAAUUGAAUAGCUUUUUGGAAUCCCAGAAAAGAGAGUAUAAGCUUCGAAAAGAGCAGCUUAAGGAGGAGCUUAAUGAAAACCAGAGUACCCCUAAAAAAGAAAAACAAGAGUGGCUUUCAAAACAGAAGGAGAAUAUACAACAUUUCCAAGCAGAAGAAGAAGCUAACCUUCUUCGGCGUCAGAGACAAUACCUGGAACUAGAAUGCCGCCGCUUCAAGAGAAGAAUGUUGCUUGGGCGUCAUAAUUUAGAGCAGGACCUUGUCAGGGAGGAAUUAAACAAAAGGCAGACUCAGAAGGACUUAGAACAUGCCAUGCUACUGCGACAACAUGAGUCCAUGCAAGAACUGGAAUUCCGCCACCUCAACACAAUUCAGAAGAUGCGCUGUGAGUUGAUCAGAUUGCAGCAUCAAACUGAGCUCACUAACCAGCUGGAAUAUAAUAAGCGAAGGGAACGAGAAUUAAGGCGAAAACAUGUCAUGGAAGUUCGACAGCAGCCUAAGAGUUUGAAGUCAAAAGAACUCCAAAUAAAAAAACAGUUUCAGGAUACCUGCAAAAUCCAAACCAGACAGUACAAAGCAUUAAGAAAUCACCUACUGGAGACUACACCAAAGAGUGAGCACAAAGCUGUUCUGAAAAGGCUCAAGGAAGAACAGACCCGGAAGUUAGCCAUCUUGGCUGAGCAGUAUGAUCAUAGCAUUAAUGAAAUGCUUUCUACACAAGCUCUGCGUUUGGAUGAAGCACAGGAAGCAGAGUGUCAGGUUUUAAAGAUGCAGCUACAGCAGGAACUGGAGCUGUUGAAUGCAUAUCAGAGCAAAAUCAAAAUGCAGGCUGAGGCACAACAUGACCGAGAGCUUCGAGAACUUGAACAGAGAGUCUCCCUUCGGAGGGCACUCUUAGAACAAAAGAUUGAAGAAGAGAUGUUGGCUUUGCAGAAUGAACGCACAGAACGAAUACGAAGCCUGCUAGAACGUCAAGCCAGAGAAAUUGAAGCUUUUGACUCUGAAAGCAUGAGACUAGGUUUUAGUAAUAUGGUCCUUUCUAAUCUCUCCCCUGAGGCAUUCAGCCACAGCUACCCAGGAGCUUCUGGUUGGUCUCACAAUCCUGCUGGGGGUCCAGGACCUCAUUGGGGUCAUCCCAUGGGUGGCCCACCACAAGCUUGGGGCCAUCCAAUGCAAGGUGGACCCCAGCCAUGGGGUCACCCCUCAGGGCCAAUGCAAGGGGUACCUCGAGGUAGCAGUAUGGGAGUCCGCAAUAGCCCCCAGGCUCUGAGGCGGACAGCUUCUGGGGGACGGACGGAGCAGGGCAUGAGCAGAAGUACAAGUGUCACUUCACAAAUAUCCAAUGGGUCACACAUGUCUUACACAUAAUAGAGAGUGGGAAUUCCGCUGGAGCUGUCUGCCAAAAGAAACUGCCUACAGACAUCAUCACAGCAGCCUCCUCACUUGGGUACUACAGUGUGGAAGCUGAGUGCAUAUGGUAUAUUUUAUUCAUUUUUGUAAAGCAUUCUGUUUUGUGUUUACUAAUUGGGAUGUCAUAGUAUUUGGCUGCCGGGUUUUUGUGGGGGGGGAGGGUUGUUUGUGUUUAACUUUGCAGGAAAUUUUGAAAAGGGGACUUGAUAAAUAUUUCAUGCAUGUGGUUAAAAGAAAUUGGUUAGAUAGAGGGUAUUUUCUUAACACUGCAAAAAUAAAAUAUAGCAAAGUGACUUUAGGGUGUCCAUAUUCUAUGAGAAGAUCUAAAGCCUUCCUCCAUAUUCCAAUUCUUACAAACCACUAACAGCAGGCAGCAUAUGCUGAGACAAGUUAUUAUUGGAACAUACCUAUACCCUUCUCACAGUGUAUUUUCUUUAUUAAAUUGGUCUGGCUUUUCAGCCCCAUUUGGAGUUAAACAGAAACCUACAAACACUGAAGGAUUGUAUCAACCUUUUCAGAUGGUAGAAAUUUAGUUCUUUUUCCGAAUGCUUCAUAAUUUUGUCAAUGAUUUUUGUCCAUUCAGUUGUGCCUUCUUUGUGUCACAGUAAGAUGAAAUUGAUUAAGGAGUUCACGAGCUCUGUGAUAAGAGCUUUAAAAGGGAAGACCAGCAGGGUAAGAGGACCCCUGAAAGUUCAUGUGUUAGGUAUUUCCAGCAGCAGAGUAAGAUGACGAAACCCAUAAACACUAACAUUUUGUUAUUUUACUGUGAUAACUCACCUGAGCUAAAUCUUUAAGUCUCAAACCCCAGACAGUACUUUUACUUUGUACAAAUACAAAGACAUAUAGCCAAUACAAAUCAAAUGCCAGUGGUAUUUGAGUGAUGCCAUAUUUGCCAACUGCCAUCUAUCUAUUGGAAUACUCAUCACACUACAUAGACAUAAUUUGAUUAUCCCCUUUUGGCUUAUGAAAUUUCCUGUUUACAAGUAGAAUAGUCAUUUAUUUAAAUGUUUAGUUGCCAUAGUGAACCAGGAGUCACUGAGCCAAUGACUACCAGCUGCUGACUAACCCUUGUCACCACUGUAAAUUUUGCUGCAUGUGCAGGUCCUCUGUUUUUUGAUUGCUGUUUUUGUUGCUGCAGUACUUUACAAACUUCUAGUUCAUUGAGACUUAGUGACCAUUUAGAAUUGUGUUAACAUCACACAAUGGGAAACACCACUUCCAGAAGUCUCAAGCUGCAGUGCGCGAAAUACUACUGAAAAGGAACUAGUGAGUUUGGCAAAUGAAAGACAAAAACAAAAAAAAAUCCAAAAAACAAAAACCAAAAAAAAAAAAAAAGUAAAUUGUAGUGGUCAGGGUAUCUCUUAACAAAAGCUAACAUUUCUUUUUGUGAGUGGGGAAUGUUUUGUUUUGUUUUACAAUGAAGGAUCAACCCAAUGUUGAAAGUCAGAUGUUACUUGGUAUUCCACUACUUGUGCGAAAGUUGAGUUGGAGGUAGUUGGGGAGCUGUGAAUAUGACUUGAAGAAAAAAAAGUAUCUUUUUCAAUGACAGUUUAUCGAGGUUAUUGUCAUGCUCCCUUCUUAGUUGUCUUGAAGAACUCUUGCUGCUAACUCUGGAUCCUGCUUUUCAUGUAGUCAGAGGGCUCUAAGGUAGAACUCUCUGAGUCCCUCACAAUUGUAUUCUUCACCUAGAGCAAACUAGUGACCAAAUUACAAUCUGCUGAAAUUAAAAUCUGUUGAAAUGUUGGUUUUCUCAACAUUUUAAAUCUUCCCAGGUAUGUUAUUUUGUUUCCAUGAAUUCUCCCCUUUAGAAGUUUCUGGAUUGAUGUGAAGGUAACUGGAAGAAAAAGCUAAUGUUUUAAUACAUGUCCUUUGAAAACCAAAAUCAUAAAUGACAGUGGAAUUCACACACAUUUUUAGCAGUUUUAAAUAGCACUCUCAUGUAUUGUCCUCUUAACCAUGCUCCAGACCAGCUUUUAGGAUAGGCUUGACUAAAAUGCUGGUUAUAUCUAAUGAAAAGGGCUUUUAGUCUUUUCACUAUCUUUUUUGCAUUAAAAUAUUAUACAGUGUUUCAAGCAAAUUGAGAAUUGGAAAAAGCUAAGAGAUUUAGAAUUUAAUAAAAUGUCAAAAAAUAGGAUAGAGUUGUAAUACCUAUAAAAGCAUACUUAAUAGACCCUGCCUGUUGCUGGAGGGUUAGAAUAGAGAUGCUUUUCAGAUUUCUUUCAAACCUGAAGUGCUACCAAGGGAUACAUUUUAAAGUCCAGUUGUGAGUUUCAGUUAGUCGAAUUGAGUUACUGAGCCCAUGCGGAAGGUAUGUACUUCAAAAAUACUGACUCAAAAUGUCUAUCUAGUAGGGCUUUGUAUCAAAUUAAAUUGUGUGGCAAUGAAAUUUUUCAUGUAGGUCAUGACUAUUCUUGGAUUAUAACAUUAAGUUAAUUUGAUUAAAAUAUAUGUAAUUUUCAAAAUGAUUCAAAUUAAUUGGUUUGUGUGUAUUUGUGAGGUGUAACUUCUUAGGAAUCUUAUGUGUGGUGGGAAUCAUCACAUAGUAAAUAAAACUAGUAGCAGGAAAAUUUGAAAGGCUUUGAGAUGUCCUGAAGAAAGAGUAGCACUUUCUGAAUCUGUGGAAAUGUCAACAUUUGAUCAAAUUAAUACUACCUCCUCCCCAGUUGUUGGUUUUUGCUCCUUAUGUGUUUAAGAAAGUUAAAAGUAAGUAUGGGAAAAUUGUAUAGCAUAUCAAAAAUUAUAAAUGCUAUAUCUGGUAUCCAGAGCCUUACAUUACAAAGUUCCUUGUAUUUGCCCUUCUCUCCUUUUGGGGUUAGCAUUUUAAAAAUGCAGCACCUCAUACCUUGAGACAUUUUAAUCCUUAUAUUAUCUUUCCCUUUGCACAUAUUUUUCUCCCAUUUUUAAGUCAGCUUUGACCCAGAAUUAGACUAUCUAAAUGCAUAUUCAUUAUAUAGAUAAUGUUAACUAAAAAACGUGUCUAUUUUAUUCAGAGCUGCCAUUCUUUUUAAUCAUUUCUAUACCUAGAGAUGAAUAGUCCUGCAUUUGAAGCCACACCCGCAGAUCUAGUAUGCUUAGUACUCUUAAGUCAAAGACUUACUGGUAAAUUGAAUUUUUUAGCAUUGUCAUGAUUUUUCAGCUGCCUGGACAUCAGGUAACUACCAUUCAAAACACUAAAGAAACUACUGGGCACUCCCUCCCACUUCCACCAAUUUUCCCUCACUAUUCAAAAAUUGAAAACUCUUUAUUUUUUUCAGACCAUAAGGCAGACAUUAAUGACUGUCUGCUUCUAUAAAUACUAAAUCAUUGAAAUUUUAAGGUUUAUAGAAUACAUUGUGUUGGACACUGGAAUAAUACAAUUUAUUCUCACCUGUGAAAAAUAACUUCGUUGUACUUGAAACACCUCCUUUGCAUUUUUCCAUUUGUGCCACUCACUAGUGGAAAUAAAUUGUAUUAUACCAUGAUCUACUGGCUUUUAAUAACUGUUAAAUAUGCACAUUUUUGUAUAACUAUUAUCAUUUGUAUGUAUAUAUUGUAUAUACAUAUGAGUGUAUGUGUGUAUAGAUGGAUGGGUGUAACUCGUAAUUGUACAUUUCCAUCAGAGCACUUAACGUCCUGUUGUUAUUUGGUUUUGUUAUUUCAGUCCUCAGUUAAGGCAAGAAUGCAUGUGCUUUUGAAGAACGAAUGCUCUGGGUUGAUAUUUAGGAGAAGGUGAUUAUUAGAUAGUCUUUUCCUUCUUAAUCCCUUUUCACAUCCCUUCUGUUAGUGGGAAGUUAGGUAAAAUGUGGAACUAGAAAUUAUAGUAAAAUUUUGCUGGAAAGGAGCCAGUUAGUGCUUCUAGGAGUUUGUGUUGUGAUGCAACAAAAAAUAAGUGAUGCAGAGAGAAAUGAACCAUGAAAAGUAAGAACACGAGUGGUGAUUGCUCUGCAGAAGUAUAAAAAGAAGCAGUGACUCAUAAUUUUUAUGUACUUUAUGUAUGUGUUUCAUUUUAGUAAUGCCAUUGAUCCUCUGAUUCUUUUUUACUUAAUUAAUACUAAUAAUUAUGUAUUUUGCUGAGGAUCAAAACAACCAAGAGAGGAAUUAUUAUUCAGACAUCUAAGGUUUUCCUUAACAGUAAAAUCAACAUGAUAUGAUCACUGGAAGAGAAGAAUAUGGUUGGAGAGCUUUCUCCUUUUAACUGCCUCUUCUUGCUUGCUAACAGUAAAUUCUCUGUGCACCUUCCACCCUUUCUGACCCAGUGAUAUUUAUUCAAGCAGAAAUUUGGCCCAACACAGCAACUCUUUCCUUGGAGGUUUAUACAAUUCAUUUUUCCCAUGCACUCAAUGUGAAAUGACCUAAUGUUUAUUCAAAUCAGAAAUAGUAUACUUAAGAUGUCUUAAGUGUGAAUCUCCCAUAAUGAUGGAAGAAGAGAUUCUCAUUUCUUAAAGCCUUCCCUAAGGAGCAGAGUCAAAACUUGGGAUGUCAUCUUUGAGCUGCUUGCCAAAAUACAGAUCAUCACUGAAGACAAAUUCUCUACUUUUGCUUUUACCCAUCCAAUAUAAUAAUAUCCCCACCCAGAUUGUAGGGUUGCCUUUUAAAAGGCCUUCACUUACUAUUCAUUGUUAUGAACUGGAAAUUUCCCAUCCUCAGAUCCCUUAAAGGAUGAAGUGUGCUGUACACUUAGCAUACUUGCCUCAUGUAUACAAGGACUACUGAUUGAAGUCUGUUUUGCUGUGUCUGGUUAUAUUGUCUGCACUUUGCUGAAAUCACUACAGUGGACCUAUAUUGGAAAUGAUUAUUAAUUUCUAAAGUUUCUAUUAAGCACUGUCAAAAAGAAAAUGAAACAACUUUUUUUUGCGCAUUUAUAUUUUCUACUGAAUUCUGGUAGCCCCCUUCAAAGUUAUGCUAAUUUUUUCCUCCUUGUUUAUGUUAAGAUUUCCAAAAUGUCACUCAUACAAGGGAGGAGAACCCAUCUGGCUUAAUGUCAGUCUUUAGAUCAUAAGAAAUAUGUAAAUUAAUAUGCACCUUAUCUGCCUUUUGUGGGUUUCUUAAAUUUGCACUUCCCACCCACCCAAAUCUAGAUAUCUUUUAAAGAAAAUAAAGGCAGAGAAUUAAAACUGGGGAGCCAUGUACUACGUCAUCACCACUGUUAACCAUUUCCCAGCAAUCCAAGCUUUUUGAGGUUUCAGAGAUAUUUGUGUUUGUUUAUUUGUGUUUGAUUGCCUUAAUGUUUGGUUUGUUUUAUUUUUUAAAGUAUUCAAGUUUUUUGUUAAAUAGAGAAAAAGGUUAAUCCUCUCAAACAGCAGGAUACCCACUGGACAUACUAAUAUUAACAUCUGUAGGUAGUUUACCUUGAAGUGAGAAGGUGAGACUUACGAAUGAAUGAAUGAAUAAGGGUACCUUGAUGCCCAAGAAUUCCCCCAAAGUACGGGUAAUUCAACCUGCACAGUUUCCUUUCACUCAUAGUUUUUAUCAAUUGUGAGUGAAAAAUUGUGUAAUUAUCUGUAAAUAUAUAGCUAACAAAUUGACCUAGUUUCUGUAUUUUUUGAUUUUGUACUAAAGUUUAUAUAGGUCUGUGCCAGCUAGAGAGGAGUUGCUGUCAUUGGCAGUUGUGGUUCUAGCAUCUAACCUUGAAACCAUCCUAGGUGACAUUUUUAGAAUUAAUGCUUAAGUGUUGUUAAACAGAGGGAAAUAAAGCUUAAUCAUUGGUCAGGUUUGAAAUCUUUUUUAAAGCUAAGUAAUUUUAUUUAAUAUAAUGAUUGACAACCGUGUCCUCAGUCAUGAGUGAGGUGUAGGGAACCUCUCUUCCCCAGUGGCCAUGUUUACAGAAGUGUGUUUUGUCUAUAAAGUGAAAGUGUGUUCAUGUGUAUGUAAAUUAUGCAGGUGAUAACAUUAUGGUUUGGGACUGUUUAUGGGCUCUUUAACUGAAUUUUCAAAUGAAAUGAACUAUGCUUAUUGCUGGCACAUUGAUCCCAUUUCUAGAACUUUUUUCCUAUUUCCAGAAUUACUUAUUUUCCUUAGACAUUACCCCCACUUAGCCUCCCUUCCUUAUAAGCCUUGUAGCCAAGGUAUUAAAGACUGGUGAACAUAGAUGAGGGAAAUGAAUUUCUUAAAAAUCCAUGAACCCUCUAUUGUAUGCUUUCAGUACUUGUGUUAUAUGUUUCUAUGGCAACUUUGAACUCAGUGGUUUAGAAAUGAAAUACCAAUGUUAAUGAAAAGUAUGUACUCUUUGCUUUUGCAUGGCUUGGCUUAGUAACCAAGGUAUAUUAGAGCCACUUGAAAGCAUGAAGACCAGUUACAUGGGAACAGGUUUCUCAGUGGCACAUUUUGCUUUUUCUUAGCCCUCAAGUACAUUGCCUCGGCAUGAACAUUAUUAUUGUUACUGUAAAUUGCACAUGGUCAUGGAGUUAAUUAUGUAAUUAAAAAAGGUUGCAGCUGCAUAAUGUUUGCAGUUUCUGGCUGGUCUCUGUGACCAUUUGGCACAUAUCAAAAAACCUAGUGGGUAUUGGAACACCUCUAAUCCUUUUGUGUCAUAAACAAGUAUAUUUAUCAAGAUGUUGGCUGCCCCUGGCAGAUUGCCAGUCAGCUGCCUUUUGGUGCCCAUUCCAAAUGUGCUGUUGUCCUUCCUUACAUUUCAUCCUGUCAAAGAAAUUUCCACCCCUUCUUCCUAACAUUGUAUGCCUUUUAUUCCAUGUUAAAUGGGAAUUGUGCCUACUUAAAGUGCCCCUCUAAUUAAUUACAUGUGUCCCAGAAUAAGCCAAGCCAGAGACACAGGUGGGAAAACAUUUCAAAAUGGGGGGAGGGGGAACAAGUCUACUUAAGGCCAGUAAUUUAUCUAACAAGGUAUUUUACCACAUUAUCUUGACACUUGAUUAAUGAGCCUACUAGAAGUUGCAAGUGGUUUCAUAGAGUACAAUCUCAAGUGAAGAGGGAUGUGUGGGGGUUCUACUAGAAAAUAAUUUUGUUCUCAUUUUACCUUUUAUGAUCCUCUGCUAGCUUAGAACAGAUUAAUUGUCCAUUUUUAAUUUUUAGGGAAAUUUUUACUAAAACAAUGGUCAGAUGUAAAUAACAUUUUAAAAUAUAGUGCACAUAACUUCCCUAGACUGUUCCAACCUGAUUAUUUGUAAAUGCUUUAGAGUUUUUAAAAUUAACACUUGUGUUGCUAAAUCCUAUUUAUCUAAGUCUAUAAAAGUUUUUAACCCACUUAAAACUUAAACAUUUAAAUAAUGAAUGGGUUACUGUAAGCAAUUUAGCUUUCAGAACCCCCCCUUGUUUUAGUAUACAAAAAAGCCUAAUGCGCAUUAAUGAGGUUGGAGAGAAUAUGAGAAAUAUGUAUAGUGUAUAUUUUAAAACAGCUUUGCUUGUAUUGUGAAGAUUUAAAAACAAACUUGAGAUUUUUAAAAGUUAACUAUUAACACAGUUUUAACAUAAGUUAUCCCACUGGGUUUAAGAGCAUCUUGAAUGUAUAAUCCUUUUUGUAACCCAGGUUGGUUUCUGCUUUUACCAGUCAUCCGAGCAUUAUUUAUAUUUUUAGUCUUAUGUACUCAUUCCCCUUUGUUUUCCUCAAACAGCAUGGGUUUUGUUUUGUUUUGCACAAGUAGGUGGGGUUUUUUUGUUUUGUUUUUUAAAGAAGGAAAUUAGUACAUCCUUUUCUCUGGGCUUUCUUCACUUCCCUUUCUUUCUACUAACCUCUUCCUUAAAGGCCAUAUCACUCCAUUUGCAUCAUUUGUGCAAAUGCCAGGGUUGGUUUUUAUUUUUAUUUUUGCUAUUUACCUAAAAAAAAAAAAAAGACAAUGCUUCAGGCAAUUGCUUUUUUUAUUUAAAAAAAGGAAAAAAGAAAAAAAAAAGGAAAAAAAAAAGCUGUAACCUUAUCAUUUCUGGGUAGACCAUUGAGAGAUGAAUGCACAUCUGUCAUAGCCCAGGACCAGCUUUGGUGGCUAAAGGGAAUAUUUUAAGCAAGAUGUUCUGUUCUAAAAGUGGUAUGUAUUAUCCACAGUCUUAUUUCAGUUAUUCCCACAAGUCAGGGGUCCAGAUAAAAUGAGGGUUAUCAGCUAACUGAUAUGAUAUCAUUGAGGUUCAUCAAUGAAUUUGUACAUUUCUAGUUCCCUUUGGUGAAGGGAAAAAUGAUAAUUUUCGCAAGACCUAGAUUUUGGCUUGGUUCCUUGCCUCCUUUUUUGGCAGCCUUCAUCUUCUCAUCUAAAGCCCUUGAGCCUGUAGGGGUUUCAUAGUGGACAAAGGAAUUGUGGUCCUUUAAAACUGGGACUGAUUUCUUGGUAGAAGGUUAUCAUGUCCAAAGUAUAAUGUUCUACCACUUUACUGAUUACUAAUUUUAACUAUAUUCAGUCCUCUCAAUUUUUGGACCAAACAGACACCCACAGUGGAGGCUUAUCAGGGUUGCAUUGGGGAAGAAGCCUGUCCCUCACUGUCAGCACCAGCUGGUAAAGGUGACUGUGCAGAUGUGCAUUUUCCUUUUGAUAGAAAUGGUCCACAGCACUAACUGGUAAGGCUUAUUGUACAGUAUAUUGUCAGUAUUCUUCUGGUUCAGCAUACCUUAUAGUUCAUAUAUAACCUGUAUUAAUUGUAUAGAUUGUGCAUUUAAAGCUGUUACCAAGUUGUCAGAACAUAAGAGCGAAAACAAGGUCAUAUGUAAUAUUUUGUUUGUAAGUAUCCUUUGUAUCAUAGCAAAGGAAAUGUUUAAAAAAUCAACUGUAAUAAAGUAAUUUUAGUACA